AUGAUAUCUCGCCAUCUUAAGAACUGGCUCAAAAAGAUUUGGGGUUUUGCUGAGUUCAACAUCGUAGACCUCCCAAACAACUACUUCGUAGUGCGCUUCACAGACCAACAGCACUGGAGAGAACAUUACAAGAAGGUCUUAUUCGAAGGCCCCUGGCUAGUGCAACAGCAUUGCGUUGCCAUUCAACGCUGGUCGCCCCACUUUGACCCCAUGAAUAACUCUCUCAGGCGAAUGAUUCUUUGGGUUCGUAUCCCGAACAUUCCGAUGCAUGGAUACAACAAACACUUCCUUCACAGAUUAGGCGACCGAAUAGGCAGGACAGUCCGAGUAGAUAUGAACACAGUUCAAGAAGUUGCACGAGCUGACAGUGAGCUAGAAAGAGGAAGAUACGCAAAAGUCUGUGUUGAACUUGACUUACAGCAGAAGCUGGUCCCCAGAGUUAUCUUUGGCAAUUCGAUCUUCAACGUGGAGUACAUGGGAAUCGAUCUUAUCUGUUUUUACUGCGGACGUUAUGGUCAUCGAAAAGAUCAAUGCCCGUGGAAUAAUGCCACCCAGUCACCAUGUAACCAUAAACAAGACGAAAGAAAUAGAGAACCAUCAACUCCUCCCACCCCGACACUGAAAACUCCGGUGACCGGAGAGGAUAAAUUUGGGGAGUGGAUGCUGUCCGGCAAACCGAGAAAAUCUCGACCCCGAAGAACUGACAAACGCAGCCUAUCACAGUCUGAACAGGGGAGUAGCUCAAGGUCAAAUAGGAAAAGUGACAAACCCAAAACUUUUUCACGAUUUGCAGCUUUAGCUGAUCUGGAAGAAGACCCAAAAGCACCACCCUUUGACCACCCUAACACUGAAAGGGCCUCUGAUAGCGCGAUACUGCAGGAAAAUCCUUCCUCUUAUGUGAAGAUCACAGGUAAGCUACCAUCAUCCCCUAGGUCCGGACAAAUGUCACAGGAAAUUGUCAAAUCAGGAAACCAGGGCAAUCCCAAGUCUCAUAAUAGGCCAACGGGCAAGGAAAAUAAGAUACCAAAUGCUAGUAAUGCACAGGACAGCUCGUCUUCGAAAAGUGUUGAAAGAAAUGAUAUUGGGCCUACCCCAAAUAGCACACUGAACAGUCCAAAAAUGGCCAGACAACGAAACCAUGUCGUGGUUGAAGGAAAUAUUACUCAGAUUGGGCCCCCCAUAGCCAGCCCAAAACCAAAACCCAGCACCACCUCAAACACCCCCUCAACAGGCCCCUCCCCAAAAUUAAUAUCCAACAAAGACUCAAUUUAG